GUGCUGACCCAGUGAGGGUGCCUUCUGCUGCCCAGUCCCCUGGACACAUUGAAGAGAGGAGCAAGUAGCCCUGUCCUGACAUUGACCCUGAUUUGACCCCUCUUCUUAUAAGAAUCUCAAGAAUCUCUUCAGAAGCACUGAUGACGUUGAUCCCAGAGAAAGGCUAAAGAAUGUCAGUAAAUAAAAGAACUUUCAUCCAAUCGCAAGGCAUAUGUUAUGCCCAAAAAAGACAAAUUGUGUCUGGGGUAGAGAAAAAAGGCCUAAAGAAAUUACUUCUUGGCCUUUUGGCUAAGAUCAAGUGGAGAAAAAGACUUGUAGGAGAAAAAGAAGACCAGUGCUCACAAGUGGGGCAAGCCUGGCUUGGAGAGUAGGAGUCCUGGACAACUGUGGAGCUGGGUCAGAGGCUUCCCGGAGCCUUGUGAUUAUGACUUUGUCAGUGCUCUAAAAUUUCCCUGGAGAUUGAUUCCCUGGGUGCCCAAAAUAGGUCCCUGGCAUUCAGGUCCUUUCUGCCCAGCUCACCUUCUCCCAAUUUCCUAACAAAUUUGAGUCCUUGGAGUGGCUCCAGGGAUGUGUUCACGGACCAGAAUCCCACAUUUCCUCGGGGGCAUGCUCAUAGGUAGGUCCAGGCCUUGGCACAACAGUCAUUUCUAGCCUCUUGAGCUUCUUUUCCUAGGGUGAUAUAAGAAAAGGCCAGGGAAGAACAAAAAUGAGCCAGAGGUGUUGGACAAGAGGCUUGAUGUAGUCUCUGGAGCUGCUGUUCUGAAUCACACAGUCUUGAGGAGGAGGACCAGGGUCACUGGCUGAGCCUGUGGAGGAGGCAACCGCUACUGACUCUAAGUCUGGCAAGAUCUUUCCUCCCACCCCGAGCUAUGUAUGGGUGCCUCUCACACAGGCAGAUUUAGAUUCUGUGUCACUGUCCUGGAAGAAGGGCCCAAGCCAGAACAGGGGUCCCGGGCUGAGAAGAGCCUUCAGAGUGAGAGGGCAGCACCUUUGCUGACCCACCUUUCACUGUAAGCAGUGGCACUCACCCCUGCCCUUGCUCAAGGGAGUCACCCAUUCCUGAGUGAGUCAGGGUCACUCACUCCGUGACAGCUGUGGCUCGCCUUACAUGAGCUAAAUUGGGAAUUGGAAUGUCAUGCAGAUGCCCCUUGUCUCCCCACCCCCACAGUAAAAUUAAUCUGCUCUCUGGGGAGUAAGGGACAAACAGUGCUACCCACAGAGUGAACAAGAGAGAGUCAUUUGGGAAACAAAAGGAGAAUUUUACAGAGAGAGAGGGGUAGCUAAAACUACGUGAGCCUGGUGAGGGUGCAGAGCAGAAAGUAGAGACUGUCCGAAGACUGCUAUCUGGGACGAGACAAGUUGUUAAAGGGACAGGAGAGAAAGCAGAGCUAUUUCAAGAGUGAGCCACAGAAGGGAAUCCAGAGGCCAUCUAAGCGAGGAAGGGUCUACAGGCAGUGAGUGAAGGCCAGGAGCAGGGCCCAGGCCAGGCACGACCACCGAGGGGAUGAACUUCACAGUGGGUUUCAAGCCGCUGCUAGGGGAUGCACACAGCAUGGACAACCUGGAGAAGCAGCUCAUCUGCCCCAUCUGCCUGGAGAUGUUCUCCAAACCAGUGGUGAUCCUGCCCUGCCAACACAACCUGUGCCGCAAGUGUGCCAACGACGUCUUCCAGGCCUCGAAUCCUCUAUGGCAGUCCCGGGGCUCCACCACUGUGUCUUCAGGAGGCCGUUUCCGCUGCCCAUCGUGCAGGCAUGAGGUUGUCCUGGACAGACACGGUGUCUACGGCCUGCAGCGAAACCUGCUAGUGGAGAACAUUAUCGACAUUUACAAGCAGGAGUCGUCCAGGCCGCUGCACUCCAAGGCUGAGCAGCACCUCAUGUGCGAGGAGCAUGAAGAAGAGAAGAUCAAUAUUUACUGCCUGAGCUGUGAGGUGCCCACCUGCUCUCUCUGCAAGGUCUUCGGUGCCCACAAGGACUGUGAGGUGGCCCCACUGCCCACCAUUUACAAACGCCAGAAGAGUGAGCUCAGCGAUGGCAUCGCGAUGCUGGUGGCAGGCAAUGACCGCGUGCAAGCAGUGAUCACGCAGAUGGAGGAGGUGUGCCAGACUAUUGAGGACAAUAGCCGGAGGCAGAAGCAGUUGUUAAACCAGAGGUUUGAGAGCCUGUGCGCAGUGCUGGAGGAGCGCAAGGGUGAGCUGCUGCAGGCGCUGGCCCGGGAGCAAGAGGAGAAGCUGCAGCGCGUCCGCGGCCUCAUCCGUCAGUAUGGCGACCACCUGGAGGCCUCCUCUAAGCUGGUGGAGUCUGCCAUCCAGUCCAUGGAAGAGCCACAAAUGGCGCUGUAUCUCCAGCAGGCCAAGGAGCUGAUCAAUAAGGUCGGGGCCAUGUCGAAGGUGGAGCUGGCAGGGCGGCCGGAGCCAGGCUAUGAGAGCAUGGAGCAAUUCACUGUAAGGGUGGAGCACGUGGCGGAAAUGCUGCGGACCAUCGACUUCCAGCCAGGCGCUUCCGGGGAGGAAGAGGAGGUGGCCCCAGACGGAGAGGAGGGCAGCGCGGGGCCGGAGGAAGAGCGGCCGGAUGGGCCUUAAGGCCUGCGCCGACCCGACCCUGCUCGAGAGCCCGCGCUAGAGUCGGGGAGGAUCUGCGCAGAGACCGCGGCAUCACCCAAAUCGGCGCCGGCCCCAGGAGGAUCUCAAUAAAGAACUCAAGCGUC